AUGGCACCAAGAACACCAGCGGAAAGGUUGGGGACUGCCACGACUUUGGAAUUACCCCGCUAUUCGGACGACGACGCUUCCUCGACAAAUUCUGCGUCCCCGUUGCAACUCCAAGAUGAAGAUGAAGAUGAAGCAAGGACGAAGACGAACAAGAACAAGAACGCCAACGAGUCGGUGCACGAAGACAACUACCGCGUAAACCAGUCGGCAGACGAAGGACAAGCAGGGUUGACAUCGUCGACGUCGCGUCUGAGGAGCAAUCCAAAGCCACUUAGCCGGCGAGCAACAACCCACAACUCGUUAACAAACCCACUCUCGAGAAUACUCACCAGCUCCACGUCGCAUCGCAGAUUGACCUCCGACUGCAAAAUCAACCCGGAAGAAUUGACACCUUUGCACGAUCCAAAAUCAUUGAAACAUUUAUACCAGUUGGGCGGCUUUGACAGGCUCUUGAAUCUAUUGAACACCUCGAAAAGAGGCUUAAACAGCUCCGACGAGCAAGAUUUGGAGAAUCGGAGAUUGAUCUACGGCGUCAACAAAUUGCCCAAGAGAGUUCAAAAAUCGUUUUUCCAGCUUUGCUGGGAAGCAAUGAAGGAUAAGGUUUUGAUUAUCUUGUCGAUUGCUGCCGUUGUCUCCUUGGCCUUGGGGUUAUACGAAACUUUUGGAAGCGGGACCCAUUAUGACGACGAAGGUAAGCCAGUCCCGAAAGUCGACUGGGUCGAAGGUGUAGCCAUCUUGGUGGCGGUUUGCAUCGUGGUUGUCGUGGGCGCAGCAAACGAUUACCAAAAGGAACGACAAUUUGCCAGAUUAAAUGCCAAAAAGGAGGAUCGUGAAAUCAUUGUUAUUCGCAAUGGAGAACAGAAGUUGAUCUCCAUUUACGAUUUAUUAGUGGGUGACACUAUCAAUUUGCAAACGGGGGAUGUUGUCCCUGCAGAUUGCAUCCUUUACCAAGGCGAAGUUGAAUGCGACGAAAGUGCCUUGACUGGAGAAUCGGCAACCAUUAAAAAAGUCCCCGUUAAGGAGGCCAUGGAAAUUUAUGAACUGCAUUUGCCCACCGAUGAAGACAUUGGCAGUAGAAGCAUCAAAUUCCGCGACCCUUACUUGAUCUCCGGUGCCAAGAUCUUGUCUGGUUUGGGAAACGCCGUCGUGACGGCGGUGGGGAGAAAUUCCAUCCAUGGAAGAACCAUGUUGAGCUUAAAUGUCAAAUCAGAAACCACGCCGAUGCAGGAAAGAUUGGACAAUUUAGCCGAAGGGAUCUCCAAGUAUGGGUUUCUUGCUGCCCUCGUCUUGUUCAUUGUCUUGUUCAUUAGAUACUGUGUCGAUAUUGCACCAGGUGGAAGUUUCCAUGAGUUGCCAUCGACUGAAAAGGGUAAAAAAUUCAUCGACAUUAUCAUCACCGCAGUCACCAUUGUAGUUGUUGCCAUCCCCGAAGGCUUGCCCUUGGCCGUCACGUUGGCGUUGGCUUUCGCCACUACCAGAAUGGCCCAGAAUGGUAACUUGGUGCGAGUGUUGAAGAGUUGUGAAACCAUGGGAGGCGCCACUGCGAUCUGCUCUGAUAAAACAGGAACAUUGACUGAAAACAGAAUGAGAAUUGUCCGCGGCUUCUUUGGGUUGCAAAAGGAUGGACAAUUGUUGGAAUUCAAUGACACCACGGGCGAUAACAACAACAAACACGAGCCUACAGCUGCUGAGGCUAGUGAAGAAAUCACUUCUGAGAUGAAGAUUUUUCUUGCCACGAAUAUCACUUUAAACUCCACUGCAUUUGAAAACUCAGAAUACGAUGAGGUAAAGGCACAAUUAGCCAAGCAACGUCCUCGCAACCAGUCUUUUUUCAAAAAACUUUUCAAUAAGGAAAGCGACCUGAACCAGCCACAACUAGGUGCUGUUGAAGAGCCAUAUUUGGGAAACAAGACAGAAUCAGCUUUAUUGAUCCUUGCCGGUAAGAUUUUCCAUCUUUUUGAUAACAAGACUUUAGACCAGAUUAGAAGAGAAAGCCAGCACGAGAUUGUGCAAGUUAUUCCCUUUGAAAGUUCUAGAAAAUGGGCCGGUGUUGUUAUGAAAAUCGAUAACGGAUUCAGAGUCUACGUCAAGGGUGCCGCGGAGUUGAUCUUUAAAAACUGCGGCUGCGAAAUGAACACCGCUGGUGAGUUGAUCAAAUUGGACAGGCUGGAACGUGAAGAUGUCUUGACCAAGAUUGACGAAUAUGCAAACAAUGCCCUCAGGGCCAUUGCAUUGGGCCACCGCGAUUUUGUUGGUUUGAAAUCAUGGCCGCCAGCUGAGUUGGCGUUGAAGGAUAACGAAAAUGAAGCUGACCCAGGUGCGUUGAUCAAUGUCAGCGCUAGUCCCAGCGAGAUUAGAAAGCAAUUUGUCUUGGACGCCCUUGUUGGAAUCCAGGAUCCACUCAAGCCCGGGGUGGCCGAAGCUGUGAGACAGUGCAAGACGGCUGGCGUCACCGUGCGCAUGGUCACGGGUGAUAAUUUAAACACGGCGAAAGCCAUCUCGCAAGAAUGUGGUAUUCUCACUCCCGAUGACUUAUCCAACGAGUUCGCCUGUAUGGAGGGCCCAUCAUUCCGCAAAUUAAGUCCCAAGGAGAGAACGAAAAUUGUUUCGCAAUUGCGAGUCUUGGCAAGAUCUUCGCCUGAAGAUAAACGUAUUUUGGUCGACACCUUAAGGAAGUCGGGCGAAGUUGUGGCAGUCACGGGAGAUGGUACCAACGACGCACCCGCGUUGAAGCUUGCCGACGUCGGCUUCUCGAUGGGUAUUGCCGGUACCGAAGUUGCGAGAGAAGCCUCGGAUAUCAUUUUGAUGACCGAUGACUUUACCGAUAUCGUGCAGGCGAUCAAGUGGGGUAGAACCGUUGCCACCUCGAUCAAAAAGUUUAUUCAGUUCCAGCUCACGGUCAACAUCACUGCUUGUGUUCUUACAUUUGUCUCAGCUGUUGCUUCGUCUCAGAACCAGUCGGUGUUGACUGCCGUGCAGUUGUUGUGGGUCAACUUGAUCAUGGACACGCUUGCUGCGUUGGCCUUGGCCACAGACAAACCCGACGACUCGUUCCUUUUGAACAAGCCUGCUGGAAGAACAGCACCUUUGAUCUCGACCUCGAUGUGGAAGAUGAUUCUUGGCCAGUCGAUCACCCAGUUGAUCAUCACAUUUGUGUUGCAUUUUGCCGGAAGGAAGCUCUUUUUCGGCAACAGAGACAUUACCAAUCACCAAUCGACGCAAUUGGACGCAAUGACAUUCAACACUUUUGUCUGGUUGCAAUUUUGGAAGUUGUUUGUCACCAGAAAAUUGGACGAGGCAGAAGAUGUCACCACCAUCCGCGGCAGAUUCACCAUGUACAAUUUGAAUUUCUUCUCGCACUUGUUCCGCAACUGGUACUUUAUUGCCAUUGCCUUGAUCAUUGGCGGAUUCCAAGUCUUGAUUAUGUUUGUUGGUGGUGCAGCGUUCAGUGUCGCUAGACAAACACCGGGGAUGUGGGCAACAGCAAUCUUGUGUGGUUUCAUCAGUAUACCUGCUGGUAUCAUCAUUCGACUUGUGCCAAACACAUGGGUGGAAAGGAUCUUCCCCACGAGAGCUUUCAAAAAGUUCAUUUACAUUGUGGGAUUCGGAUGGUUGAAGAAGAACAAGAAGAAGGGUCACGAGAAGGAGUUGGAAGAGCAGACCGACACCGCCACCGAUGUUGACGGGUCCCCGGAUCAAUCAGGUACCGGUAGCGAUAGCUCGGUUAAGAAAUGA